GGUCCCCCCACUCCCCUCCAUGCCCAAGUUUUCAACUCCCACCUCACCCCCCGACCACCAGACCAAAGCCUUCCUUCCGGAUACCUCUGCUAUGGCCUCCGCCAGCCAGAAUAUGCUCUUCAGCAGGACAACACCUACCUCCGGUGAGACGCCGCCUCAGCCCUCGGCAGAGAGGUUUGUGUGCCACAGGUCCAUCGCGCCGGUGUACAAGCAGGAUGGGCCCCGGCUGCUCCACCAGGGCCUCGAGCUCAGCGACCGCGUGCCCUCGGCCACGGAGUUCUGCAGCCGAGCCGCGUCCUUCAUCGAGGAGCUGUCCUCGCUGUUCAAAGGCGCCCCCGGUCGCCCCGAGCAACCGCUGGGCGAGGAGGACUCGUCCUCCCCGGACAGCGGAUACCUGUCGCCGAGGAGCCAGCGGAUGCCACCGGUGGGUGCCGUCUCCGUCCUGCCCCAGCCCCCUCAGCCCCCUCAGCCCCCUCUGCCCCCCCAGCCACCCUCCACCGCCGGGGGAGGCAUGGAGCUACAGGGACCCCCGGGCUCAGCUGAGCCUGUGGGGUACCAGACCUCUGGGGGGGGUCAGAACCAGAACGGAGCCCUGUCGCCACCCGUCUUCACCCAGAAGCUGAAGAGCCAGGAGGUGUCAGAGGGAAGCCCCAUCCAGCUGGAGUGUCGAGUCGGGGGAAACCCACUGCCCUUAGUUCGGUGGUUCUGUGAGGGGCGGGAGCUGCACCACUCUCCUGACAUCCACAUCUGGAGGGAUGGGGACCUGCACACGCUGGUGAUCGCCGAGGCCUUUGAGGACGAUACGGGCCGCUACACCUGUGUGGCCUCCAACAGCCUGGGAGCCGACAACACCUCCGCAGAGGUUUACAUCGAAGGAGCCUCCUCAUCGGAUUCCGACAGCGAAGGUACCAAAACCCGAUCAGGAGCCAUGCCUCAGGUGCAGAAGAAGACCACCUCCAUGUCCCUUACCAUUCGCUCUGCUUCACCCAAGGCCCCCGACGUUCUGCCCCAUCGCGCCGCACUGGUGCAGGCCAUGUCCCCGCCUAUGCAGGGUCCCACGUCUUUUCAGAACCAGGGAGAACUUCUCCACUGUGCUCCUCCUGUCUUCACUAAGCUCCUGCAGGACACGCAGGCCUCCGAGGGCCAGGUGGUGGUCCUCGAGGGCCGGGUUCGGGGCAGCCUGCCACUGCAUGUCAGCUGGUACCGCAGCGGUGAGGAGAUCCUCGACUCGCCGGACUUCCGUAUCCUCCAGAAAAAACCUCGAUCUGCAGCUGAGCCAGAGGAGAUCUGCACACUGGUGAUAGCGGAAGCCUUUCCAGAGGAUGGGGGUCGUUUCUGUUGUUCGGCAACUAACCUGUUUGGCAACGUUAGCAGCACGGCCCAACUCACCGUUACCGCAGCUUCUGAGGACCCCUUUAGAGACCGCAUGGGGAUGGAGGAGGUUGCCUCCUUCCCACCUCCCCCUUCUCCCCCCACUGAGAUCAGCCUCCUGGAUCUGCCCCCAAAGACCCCCCAAUCCAGCACCGACGGUUUCCACGUCAACGAGUUUGAGAUCUGGCCCAGGGUGUCGACACUGCCGCACGUCCAGACGGACCCCAACCAGGAGGCCGCGGGGGGGCUGCGAGGGACUGUGCAGAACGGCCAGCCAGCGGGUCCGCCGGCUACGCCCAGACAGCCGCCCCCUCCUCCUCCACCACCUCUACCUCCUCCGUACUCUGAGAUGGCCUCCUUUCCUCCUGCUCCUGCUCCGACUCAGGAUACCUUUCAUGCCCGGGCCAUGACGUCUCCGUCCCCCGUAAAGGAGGCUCCGCCACUGCCCACGAAACCCAAACUAGUGGAGAGUAGAGAGGAGGAGACAGGAGGCACCAGGAACGCUUCCCAGCUCAAACAGCUGCAAGAGCAGAUCCUCCUGGAACAGCAGGAAGCAGACAAUUGGCAGCAGCAACAGGAAGUCCCGCCUCCGGCGCAGCAGCAGCAUCCACCACAGGAAGCACCUCCUCCACCUGCGCCGCCGUCCCCGCCGCUGCCCCCUCCUCCGUCCAACCAGGAGUUAGAGACCAGCGCUACCAUGCAGACCAGCACCUUCAACUACGCCCGGCCAAAGCAGUUCAUCGCCGCCCAGGUCCCCGGGGCCGGCGGGCCCCUGGGCACCAGUGGGCCCCUCGGGGGGGGCUACGUCACCCAGUCCUCGAGCUCCUCCACCUCCAGCGUCUCCUCCCCCAUGUCUCCCCUCCCCUCCAACAAGCCAUUCAGCAGAGUCACCCUGCCUCCCUUCACCAAGACCUCCAGCCUGGACUCCCCCGUCUCCCCCUCCUUCCCCCCGCCCCCUCCUCCCUUCUUCAGCUCCGCCAGUGGCUUGUCCUCCCCCUCGAGCUCCGCCAACGACUUCCCCCCUCCCCCACCUCCCCCUCCUCCCCCCUGCCUGCCCUCCCCUCCCACCUCCUCGCCGGCCCGCUCCAACACCUCCUCUCCUUUCAGCUCCGUGCCCCCCUCCCCGGCCUCCAGCUACCUGUCCUCCAUGCUUCCCUCCAGCCCCUCCAGUCCCCGGACCCCGUCCAGCCCGGUGGUCAACGCCAUGGGGCUGCCCAGGGGCAACAGCACUGUCAGGGCGUUGCCAAGGAAACCCUCCCUGAACAGGACCCCGCGGGCGACCUCGGACUCGGACAUCCAGGGCUCCAAAGACGCCGUGAUCCAGGACCUGGAGAGGAAGCUGCGCUUCAAGGAGGAACGCCUCAGCAAUGGCCAACAGAGGUUAACCUAUGAGGAGAAGAUGGCACGUCGCCUGCUGGGGGCCGACAACGCUGCCAGUGUCUUAAACACGCAAGAAACAGAGGAGGAGACCCCAACGCAGGAGUACAAGGUAUCCAGCUUCGAGCAGCGUCUGAUCAGUGAGAUCGAGUUCCGUCUGGAGCGCUCGCCGGUGGAGGAGUCGGACGACGACGUGCAGCACGACGAAGAUGCGGAUGGCACAGGGGCCCCGCCCUCCUAUGCUCACAAGCUGAAGCACCUCAAGGUGUUCGAGGGCAUGCCCGUUACCUUCACCUGCAAGGUCCACGGAGACCCCAAACCUAAGAUUUACUGGUUUAAAGACGGCAAGCAGAUCUCCAAGAGGAGCGAACACUACCGGAUCAGCCGCGAGGCGGACGGAACCUGUUCCCUGCACACCGCUGCCUCCCUGCUGGACGAUGACGGCAACUACACCAUCAUGGCUGCCAACCCACAGGGGAAAAUGAGCUGCACUGGCAGGAUGAUGGUUCAGGCAGUGAACCAGAGGGGGCGGAGCCAACGCUCCACUCCUGGACACAGCCGCAGGCCUAGGUCCAGGUCACGUGACAGCGGUGAUGAGAACGAGAACAUCCAGGAGCGCCACUUCCGCCCCCACUUCCUGCAGGCACCAGGUGACCUCAUCGUCCAGGAGGGCCGUCUCUGUCGCAUGGACUGCAAGGUGAGUGGCUUGCCCACACCCGACCUUCUCUGGCAGCUCAACGGGCAGACCAUCCGCCCAGACUCCGCCCACAAGAUGCUGGUCAGGGAGAACGGCGUCCACUCGCUGGUGGUCGAGCCUGUGUCAAGCCGCGACGCCGGCAUCUACACCUGCAUCGCCAGUAACCGGGCGGGACAGAACUCCUUCAACCUGGAGCUCAUUGUCGCAGCCAAAGAGAUGCACAAGGCCCCAUCCUUCGUGGAGAAGCUGCAGAACACCAGCGUUGCCGAGGGUUACCCCGUACGUCUGGAGUGUCGGGUCACCGCCGUGCCCUUCCCACAGAUCUUCUGGAAGAGGGAGAACGAGUCCCUCACACAUAACACAGAGAGAGUGAGCAUGCACCAGGACAACUGUGGCUACCUGUGUAUGAUCAUCCAGCCGGCCAUGAAGGAGGACGCCGGCUGGUACACAGUCUCAGCCAAGAACGAGGCGGGCAUCGUGUCCACCACCGCACGUCUGGACGUCAACACUCCAUGGCAACAGCCCAACCAGCCCAAGCCCAGGAAGGUGCGUCCGUCGACUAGCCGCUACGCAGCACUGACGGAGCGGGGGCUGGACGUGAAGGCCGCCUUUUUCCCUGAUGCCGGCCAACUGGCCCCCGGGGCGCUGGUGGAGAGCGACGACCUGUAGAGAGACCAUCCCUAACCCUCACCCCUGACCCCUUCCCGCCUCCCAACACACCGUGACUGAUACUUUAGCAGCCAAUGGACGGACAAUGGGACACGGUCACAGAACCUCCCCCCCCCCCCCCCCCCCUCACCUUACCCUGCAACAUAGCCCAUAAUAACUCAUAUUCAAAUGUGUUAUAGUCUGGCACAGCGCCCCGGAAACACCACUGAAGAAGACCUCUUUCUGUCCGACUAAACGUUAACUUUUAAAUAACGUUAUUGAAACGUCGAGUGGACUGUACAGUAGACACCAUUGAAAUGUCACCUGCCUGGUGACACAACACAAGGUUUUGGAGUAAUAACAAAUCAUUAUUAUGCAUGUUUAUGUGGUGCCAUAUUUUACAUUGACUUUUACGUUACAAAUGUCUCCCACAAACUGUAAGGGAUUGGACAACUGCAGAGGAAAAGACAACUCUGGGUUCAUCCAGAGGUAGAGGGAUUGGACGAUUCAAAGUGGAAUAGGUUCAGUUGUUGGUUCACUUUGUUGCAUAAAAACACACACAAAAUGGUGUGGUUAUGUUUGUCUCCGUGCUGCAGGCCGUCCAGGUGUACGUAGCGCGGUGAUGACGUAGAUACACAACUUCAACUUGCGAAUGUUGUCAGGUUAAAGCACAAUGUUUCAGAUGCUUCACAAGGCCGGGCCUAAGUUUCUUCUUCUUGCAUUGUUUUUGUAUUUGAUUAGCAAUGAGGUUUUUAAGUAGGCCUAUGUAAGCUUUCUGUUGAUUGGUGAAAGGAUACUCAAAGCAAAGACCAGAAGUAGAAUGUGAUAAAAGUAACGUAUUGGAAUCGACAUCAUGAGGUAAGAAGUUUGGCAAGGGAAAGUCGAUGUUGGAAUUGAAACGGGGAUGAUGGUGAUGAUUGUUUUGAAGGGUUAAUGGUUGAACCUAUAAGUGCGAAUUUCAAUGAAUGUGAAAGGCUUUGCGACAUAUGUGCAUCAUAAACGCAUUAUAACCUUUUUUAUUUGUAUGUGGCCUACUUUAUUUAGGUCUACUUUCACAAACCUUAAUUUAUCCUGUCUUCUGAAAUGUUCAAUUAUAAAACAAUGUUGCAUUGUGAAAUGAAAUGAAAUGAAAUAUAUAUAUAUAUAUAUAUAUAUAUAUAUAUAUAUAUAUAUAUAUAUAUAUAUAUAUAUAUAAACAAUUAUAACCGUGCAAACACUUUUAAGCUUAAUGCAAGAAGUUAUUUUUUGACACUGGUUUGCUUCAAAAUUUCACAAAUAUUUCGAUACUUCAAACGCAAGAGCAGAGUUUUAGUUAAAAUGUCAUACAUCUAAGAUCUGGGACACACCGAUGUAGGUUUACGAAUUACUAUACCGAUCUGUGCCUGUAUUUGGAUUGUUCUUUUGCCAUCUAUUGUAGUUUAUGGAAAAAUCCAUUAAAAAACAAUAAACGUGA